AUGUGGCCCUUCACGUCUGCGGAUCCUGCGGGGUUGAAGUCUCUUGACGCGCUCAGGGAAAGCUACGACUACAUCAUCAUCGGAGGUGGCUGCGCGGGAUGUGUACUGGCCCGACGGUUGAGCGAGCACGCGACCGUACUCCUCGUUGAACGAGGCGAUGGCGCCGAGUCGUGGUAUCACCGCAACAACCUCCUCUCCUUCCACCACUGGUCCGACGGCAAACACAGCGACACGAUCCAAAGCGAACCCAACCCCUCCCUCAACAACCACUCCUACUCCCUCAUCUCCGGCAAAGGUCUCGGCGGCAGCACGCGCAUCAACGCCGGACAGUACACUUGUGGCGUCCCGGGCGAGUACAAUGCGUGGUCGCGGAUGGGCGCGGAGUUUGCGGGGUGGUCGUAUGAGGGGUUGAAGCCGUAUUUCAAGAAGCAUGAGAGGUGGAUUGGGCCGAGUCCGAAGGAGUUUCAUGGGGCUGACGGGCCUCUGCAAGUACGGUCAUGGGACGAGUACCACUACGGCUCAGCCGAACGGAUGGCCCAAGCAGCCGAAAAACUCGGCUUCCUCCCUAUCCUCGACAUGCACUCCCCCCUCGAGCCUAGCUUCGGCUGCAACAAGAUGCAAUACGCCCUCGGCGCCGACGGAACGCGCCAAUCGUCCUACCGCGCUUUCAUCCCUCCCUCUCUCAUCCAGGAACGAAGAGAUACGCUGCAUGUGUGCACUGGUACCAUGGGCGCGAAGCUGUACUUUGAGGAGGAUGGGGAUGGGGAGUUGAGGGCUACUUCGGCGUUGCUGAGUGCGGUCGAUGGGUCGAGUAUGCGGACGGUCUAUGCGAAGAGGGAGGUUGUGUUGACUGCUGGUGCGCUCAGGACACCGCAGAUCCUAUUAUUGAGCGGUGUCGGGCCAACGGAGUACCUCCAGAGCAUGGGUAUCGAGACCGUGCUCGAUUCUCCAGGUGUCGGACAGUACCUCCAAGACCACGGAAUCAUCAACACCUCCUUCAACGCCCCGCCCCAAGACUCCCUCUGGUCCAUGUUCAUCAGCCCGACAACGCUCAUCCGCGAGAUAUACAACUACGCGGUCCACGGCUCGGGCUGGUUCCUCGGCACUAUAGUCGGCUCUGAGCUCUUUGGCAUCUCGUCUCUCAUCGGCGAAGACGGCAAGCCGUUGCCUCAUCCGAAGGAGCGCGAAGAUGCGAGCGAUCCGGCGAAUAUACCUGAUUUCGGCAUCAUGUCUUCAUGUCUGGGCGACCCAAACCUCGGACCCACCAAAUCCUGGCUCCAAGGCUUCAUAGCCUUCAACCCCGCCCUCCUCGUCCCCAAAUCCAAAGGCCAGAUCCUUCGCCGCUCCACCAACCCCCUCAGCCCGCCCAUCUGCGACAUGCGAUACCUCUCUCACCCUGCUGACCGUGCCGUCCUCCGCACCGCUCUACGCGUCGUAUUGGCCCUCGUGCAAACGAUGCAAGAAUCGGGAUAUCCUCUCACGCCUGUCGGCGCGCCUAAGAGUUCCUCCGACGCAGAAUUGGACGACUACAUCGACAAGAACUUCAACACGAUGUUACAUUACUCAAGCUCGUGUCGGAUGGCGCCUAGAGACGAUACCGACGGGCCUGGGGUUGUAGAUGCGAGAUUGAGGGUGUAUGGGGUCAAGAAUCUGAGGAUCGCGGACGCGAGCGUGUUGCCGGUUUCACCGUCUACGCAUCCGCAGGCGCUGGUGUAUGCUGUUACGGAGAAGUGUGCGGAUAUGAUGUUGAAGGAUGCGGAGAAGACGGAUGUGUAG